AGUUUGAACCGCAACGCUGCAUACUUCUGAAUGCCCAAGGAACCGCAGCAGUGCCUUCAAAGCCCGGUUACCUGGAUCAACUUGAUCCCAUCGCACUCUCGUACACCACACCGGCACUGGUGCUGAGCACCAUCGAGUCUGGCCCAUUCGAUCGAGGUAUUCAAACUCAAGCUCCCAGCCCCCGAUGAGCUCGAUUAUCGCGGCGUCCGUUGCCUCGGCGUAUGCGGAAGCUCAGGCUGUGCCGAUGAUGCAUGAGCGGCCAGCGCGUUGACAAAAUCAAGGAUCAAGAUCGUCCAGGAGGCGGUACAUUCAGCUUAGCGCUAAGCACUGGCCUUCAUUGCGGCUAGAUGGAUCGGGAACAGCGUACCCAUAUAAACCGUAGUAAGUCGCUGUUGCGACGCCCCUGAUACAGCUCACCAUCAUGGCCGACCCACAGACUGUGCUACGUGCCUCAGAAGCAAAUGAGACGUUUGUGAACGCGACCAGUUUAUCGGCAAGGGGUCUAGAGGACCUAUCCGACCCCAUAUACGCAAUGUUCACGACGUUCUCGUUGUCGUCAAUGCCUGAGUGGCUGAACCUUAUCAUUAUGGGUGGCAUAAUCGAGAUCUCCCGUCGUUUGUUCUACAACCUCUGGGACACCGUGGUCAACGCGUUCUGGGUUACCAUCUCAUUUGACGACGAAGAUGUGGCCUACACAUGGAUCCAGUAUUGGCUGGCACGACAUCCCUCAUGGCGCAAGGCACGGUCCGUGGAAGCAACGACGAACACAUAUGGCAUCAACCCCGAUGAGGUUGCCAUUCCCGGCCAAGAAGAGGAUCGACUGUCGAGCCGUAAAGUGAGCUAUAAGCCCGGCCGUUUCGACAGCCACAAAAUGUGGUAUAGGGGCCAUUAUACCCUGGUCUCUCGCUCCCAUAUUGCCAGCAAUUAUUACCGAGUCAAGGAGUCCAUCCAAAUCAGCUUGCUGGCUUGGGAUUGCAAAGUAAUGAACGAGUUGGUCCUCGAAGCAAAGAAAGCAUACCAAAACGCCGAAGCACAACUGGUUACUGUAUACGGCUCUGAGUCAUCAAACAAGUGGAGGCACAUUAUAUCACGACCGAAACGCCCCAUGGGAUCCAUCGUCCUUGACGUAGGUGUCAAAGAACUUCUUGUAAACGAUACACGCAACUUCCUCGCGAGCAAAGACUGGUAUACCAGGAGAGGUAUCCCAUUCCGUCGAGGGUACCUGUUGUACGGUGCACCUGGGUCGGGUAAGACGUCGAUCAUCCACAGUAUUGCAGGCGAAUUGGGCCUGGAUGUCUACGUCCUUACCCUGUCUCGUGCCGGGCUUGAUGACACCGGUCUCAACCAACUGCUCUCCGAACUUCCCGAGCGGUGCAUCGCCCUUCUUGAAGACGUCGACGUCGCAUUCAAGAAGGGCGUGGGUCGCAGCCUACCCUCUCACGCCGCCCCGCCUCCAGCGGAAGAGAAGGUCUUCAAGGACGAGGAUGGUGAUGAGGUUGGUCCAGAGGAGAAGCGGGAUGUGAUGGAGGGUCGUGUCACGCUGAGCGGGCUGCUGAACGCGCUCGACGGUAUCGGCGCGCAAGAAGGGCGCAUCCUCUUCGCGACAACGAACAACUACGGCGCGCUCGACCCCGCCCUUGUGCGCCCGGGCCGCAUGGAUCUCCACAUCGAGUUCAAGCUCGCGAGCAAGGAUCAGGCGCGGGGUCUCUUCGAGGCAUUCUACAGCCCGCCAGGGGCGCCGGACGAGCCGCUCAACGAGAAGUACAGCGACGACGAGGACCUCCUAUCCACACCCACGACACCCGAUGCCCCCGAACAACAACAGCUCCUCUCUCAGUCUCUGCGCAGCGCUACGCUCCCCCGCGCGAAGUCAAGGGUGUUGGCGGCCCAGUUCGCCGAAGCGAUCCCAGAGCGCGAGUUCUCGAUGGCAAGCCUGCAAGGGUACUUGAUGAUGUACAUGGUGCGCCCGUAUGACGCGGCGAAGAACGCAACGACGUGGGUAGAGAAGGAGCGCGCAGAGAGAGCGGAAGGCAAGCAGGGGUCGACAGUUGUCUAGAUCAUUAGACACGGACGGUAGUGCUCGACCGGUCUCUUGCAGGCAAGAGGCUGGGCACGUUUGAUCAAGUCAGAAUAGAGCCGAAGUGGCAUCUUCGAACGACAUCAUGGGCACAGGCAGUACAGAAUCCUCAUGAUCAUUGCAGUAUGACAGGAAGACCUGGAACAAAGUGUAAUGUCUGUACGUCGACCUCAUUACUACGCGCUCUUUCCCCCUCGUCCUCUUCAUUGGUUCGUCCUCUGUCGUUUAUCGCUAUGCUCCUCGCCUGUGGUACCCUCGUCAUGGGUUUCAGCUAUGUUGCCGAGUUGCUAUGGUAAGAUUCCGUAGCGGCGCAGACGCCGAUCCCCGACUCCUCGGUGGGACAAUUGCUGCCCAGCGCUCAACUCCUGCUAGUACGACGGUGAGCCAGUCAGAGCCUCACAGCACCGGAGACCGGUGGCUUGAAUACUCUGAGAGUCUUCAAGAAUUGCUCCCACUU